UAGGUUGAAGCUGAUAAGCGCAAUGCGGGAAAACACUUGUGACAAGGUUGUGUCGAAAAUUUGCGUACGCUGAAUAUUUUGUCGUUUUCUUGUAAUAACGCGUCCGUAUACUCCAGAAUUGAUAGCUGCUGUUCGCGGCGCUCAAAUUCUCACUACCAACCUUACGUGAUAUUGCGCAAUACGGUCUAUGAGAGACCGAUCACUUGAAGCAUUCUAUACGUUUUCACGUUCUCCGCGAAUCAUGGGCAGCCCACACGAAAUCCGUCUGUCGAGAUUGCUUGCCGAAAACCAUCUGGUCUUGGGACCGGAGACGGCCGACCUGAAGCGCGUGCUGGUGGUCGUCGACGAAUCGUUGGCCUCCGAAGAUCUGGAUAACGUUACUCAGCUGUUUGCCGACAAAGCUACUGUGAAAUGCAUUUACGCACAGGACAUCGGAAAAGAAACUGAAACUUCAUUCUAUGGUGCUAUAUUGUCAGGUGUCAUUGGAAAUAGUGUACCUUGUGACUUGGAUCUAUUUUCCACCUACACUAAGCUACUUACUGCUGGAGGUUUAUUGAUAGUUCAGACAGAACCCGGUACCGAAGACAAAUUGGUAAAACAAUUAAAAUUAUGUGGUUUUCUAAAUGUAAUUGCUUCAACUGCCACACCAGGCAUAGUUGUUGGCUGUACUGCAUUAUAUGAAGUCGGCACUAGUGAUAAAGUCACAUUUAAUUCCGAGACAAAGGAUAAUGUCAUUUCUGCAUGGAGUUUGAAUGAUAACAAUUCAGAAACUAUAUCCGAAGAUGACUUAUUAGAAGCAGAUGAUUUAAAAAAACCUUCUGCAAACUCCCUUAAAGUGUGUGCUACCACUAAAAAAGCCAAGGCUUGCAAAAACUGUAGCUGUGGUUUAGCUGAAGAACUUGAAGCCAACAGUCGUAAAACUGCACCAGAACCAGAUACUUCUACUGCUAAAUCAUCUUGUGGAAGCUGCUAUCUUGGUGAUGCUUUCCGUUGUGCUAGUUGUCCGUACCUGGGCAUGCCUGCCUUCAAACCAGGUGAAAAAGUUCAACUUGCAGGAAAUUUGUUGCAAGAUGAUUUUUAAUCAAUACCAUUGUUUGUCAAAAUUUUAGAGAAUUUUUUUUAUAUAAAUGUAUUUGAAUUAAAUUUUGGUAUAAUGUAAGUGAAAGUAAUAAAAUAAACGAGUUAUUAGGAUUUUUUAUUCAAAUGUAUUUUUUCCCCUUGAACCAAAAAUGUGUUUAGGGUGUAGGUGUUACAGUGGUUAAAAAUUAAAAAAAAAAAAAAAAAAAAAAAUGAACAUUCAAAA